ACUGCUCUCUUCUCCAGUGACGCCCUUGGAAACAUUUCAGGAGUGGCCACAUCUUUCCUAUGGAUCGUGAUUGCAGCCCUUCUUUGGAAGGGAGGGGUGUGAAGAAGAGGAAGCCAAGGGAGCUUUUGUGUAGCCAUGCUGAUUGUCGUAUGUACACUCAUGGUUGUGCACACAGUGUGGGUUUAAAGCUCUCAGAGGUCUACAGCCCUGUGUUCACUGUGUACUUUGGCAUGAAGCCCAUGGUGGUCUUACAUGGAUAUGAAGCAGUGAAAGAAGCUCUGAUUGAUGUGGGAGAGGAAUUUUCUGGAAGAGGCAGUUUCCGAGUGCUUGAAAGAACUACUAAGAUUGAUGGAAUCAUUUUCAGCAUUGGAAGGAGAUAGAAGGAGACCCAGCGCCUCACCCUCACAACCCUGCAGAAUUUCGGGAUGGGGAAGAGGAGCACUGAGGACCAUGUUCAAGAGGAAGCCCACUGCCUGGUGGAGGAGUUGAGAAGACCCAACGGUGGUGUUAUGCUCCGAGCCCGUAUCUCCGAA